AUGUCAAAGAAGGAUAUUGAAGGGACCAAUAAGAAGAGGACGCGAUCCAGAUUUGGGUGUCACAGGUGUAAGAGGUUGAAAGUGAAGUGUGAUGAGAUGAGGCCUUCAUGCUCUGCGUGUGUCAAAAGCGGUAAGGAGUGUGACUACUCUAUAAAAUUGACAUGGGGAGGACGGCCCUUUAAGAAGCCGAAGACGAAUAACCUUGCCAAUGGCACUAUUGAUUCUACGGAGUCGAUGUCGUCAGUGGGCACUUUUGAGACUAAGCAACCAGGCAUUGACGAUCUCGAGCCCUUAGAGAAGGAUCGUGUUGAAUCAUCAUCUCCAGGCAAUGGGCGAUACGUGUCUCUCGACGAUGAUCAUCGAAGAGACGACUUCAUGGUGGCGUUCAAAGAUAUGCAGACACCAAACGAAUUGGCUAAGCAGUUCUUGAACGAUUCCUUAUUACCCGAGCUCAACGAGUUCAACCACCUGAUAUUCCACGAGGAUACAGAUUCAUCCCCGGAGAACCUCACAAUAAUGGAAACAUCGCAUAUCUUUUCAGGUGAAGCGUCCCAUCAACUGCCAAUGUUGACGAAGCCGAAGUUCACAGGGUUUGAAAUCAUCCCAGAGGUCAUCAGCCCAUUGCCCGAUAUACUACUGCACAAUGACCUCUACAAAGAGCAUUAUCACAAGUAUGUUGAGAUAUACUCAAAGCUUCUGUGCCCUGCAGCUCCGAGAACGUAUACCGAUAACCCAUUCACAUGCCUACUACCUCGCUUAUCUCUGAGUUCUGGGUCCGAUGGCUUGCUAGCAAUGCUCAUAAGCUUCAGUCUUGCACAGGAUGCAACCCACAAGGGAGAUCCGUAUCCUAUGGAUACCGUUGGACUGCUGCUGAACAGAGCACUGGAUGACUUGUACAGACGUCUAACUGAUCCACAGGAGGCAAACUCGGAUUAUACAUUGUGUUUAAUCCUUGUAUUGUCGUGCUUUGAAAUCAUAUGUGACAGAAACCCCCAUGGAUGGAGAGCCCACUACUAUGGUGCAAGAAAGAUCAUCUUCUCUCGAGGAUUACUCAGGGCUACAACGUCCAUGAUGUCAGAGAGAAAGCGUGUGGCCUACGUAAAAGGGUCGGAAGCAGACCUUGAGUUCUUCUUCCAACGGUGGUUUGCAUAUCUGGACGUUAUCGGCUCGUUAUCAUCAGCGUCUUCAGCGUACUCUUCAAAUAGACCUACAAACAUUAUAUGGGAGUGUCCUGUGCCUACACGGGAAGAUAGGGAGAAAUUGACCGAUAUUGACCCAUUCACAGGCUUUGACAUGCGUCUAUUGGAGUAUUUCUCAUACGUUGUUAACCUCGUCCAUCAACGCGAGACAUCUGGUACUGUUGAUGGUGAAACUCUACCGUUAGACCUGAUUCAGAAGGCACUCGAGGUGAAAGAGAGACUGUUGAACUACCUCAAGGAGACCGAGGCUGAUCGUGAUGCAAUCGAAAGAACCUUACAAGAGGAUGCAUAUAACGUCUUGAACGAACAACUCGAAGACUAUAGGCUAUUACGUGCUACUAACAGGGUCUUCGCACUGUCAUGUGUUCUCCAGAUCUAUCGUCGUGUGUUGCUGAUGCCUCGUGAUACAACUUUGGUUCAGAACCUCGUAAGCGAAAUCAUUGCUUCGAUAAGAAACCAGAUUCCACAGCAGCAGCCAGCAGCCUGUUGCACGUUCUUUUCUCUAUUCAGUUCUGGCUGUGAGGCAUUGGCUGAUGAAGAUCGGUUGUUCUACUUAGCACGUAUCGAUGCACUCAUUAACGUUGGCAUAAGAAAUGCAAUGGUUGCCAAAGACGUCAUGCUAGAAUCUUGGGAAACUGGAAAGUACUGGGCUGACAUCCUCAGUGAACGAGGAAUGGAUAUUAUCUUUGUCUAA